UCUCUUGAACCCUUUCUUCCUCCUCCCCCCAGCAGCUGCAAUUCCCCCACACCCCUCUCUUUCUCUCUCUACAAUCUCUCUCUCCUUCCAAGGAUCCAAGAAGUACUAUUGCAGCUUCUCUCUUCAUCCAUCCCCAAUCCAAACACAGCUUCUCUGCUCAGCUAAGGGAAUUCCCCUGCUCCUGCUCUUGUGUUCUUGCUGGCCCUCUGCUCUGCUCUGCUCUGCUUCUUCACCUCUUCUUGCCACAGAGGAGUCCAGCCGUUGCAAAGACAGAACCUUUUCACUUCAUCUUCUCCCAAAGUGUUGUUAGUGUCCCAGGUGGAGGCAAAGUGUGUGCAAUUUCUACUAGUUUUUGCUCUUGAUUAGGUUAGGAAUUUCUUGCUCCUGUGUUCCUGGGUUGAUGGUUGUGGAAUUAAUCCAAGAAUAGCUGGAGCUGUUCAUUUCACCUUCCGAGAAGACGAGGGCGAAGUGAUCAUUUGAGUAGUGGUGGUAGAGGUUGUUGAGGCGUUGCAAUGUCGUCUUCCUGCAUACCAACCGGCCUGCGGCUGGACCUGGACAUGGUGAAGGCGGCGACGUCGCCGGGCGCGCACUCGUCGCCGUUGCGCCCGGUGCACUCGUCGCCGUCGUCGACGCUGUCGGAAGCGUCGAACGCGUCAUCGUCGGCGACGUCUGUGUCGCUGAAGCGGGCGCGCGCGCCGCGGAAGCGGCCGAACCAGGCGUACAACGAGGCCGCCGCGCUGCUCGCGUCCAUCCACCCCUCCGUCUUCCCCGUCAAGAAGAGCCCCAAGACGGCGACGCGCCCGCCGGCGCGGCAGCUCUCCGGCCUCGCCGCGGCGUUCGACCCCUCCUCCGACCUCCUGCCGCCGCUUCCCGUCCUCGCGGACUCCGCAUUCCUGCUCCGGGACAUGCCCGCACCGUCGCCGCAGCCGCAAAGCCCGUCCGGCGCCAAGAACUGCUCGUCGCCGGCCCCGGUGAGCAGCGUGUUCCGGGACUUCCGCGACCCGGCGCCUUCACCGGCGAGCCCCGACACCGUCGACGUCGACGAGCUUGGCGAACUCGACUUCGAUGACGACGGCUUCGAUGCCGAGUCAAUUCUCGACGUCGACGAGGCCACCGCCGGCGCGGCCGAGGGCCUCGACGGCAUCAUGGGCAGCCUCACCGUCGAGAGCAACACAGCCACCACGUCCGAUGACUCCAUCCUAUCAAGCUCCGGCAUACACCCCUACCUCAGGAGCCUCAUGGUGGUCGGCCUCGCCGGCAGGUUCGAGCUCGGCCUCGGGUUCCGGCACGGCGCUCGGCCCAACCUCAACCGCGCACUGAAGCGGCGGGACGACGACGGCGCCUGGUGGAUGUGGCCGGCCGUGCCGGUGAAGGACAUAACAGUGGCACCACCGACACCGCCAGCACCGGCAGCGCCGGACACUGCAAUGGCGCAGGUGCCGGCGGCGCCAGAGAAGAAGAAAAGCAAGAAGAAGAAGGUGGUGAAGAUGGAGAAGGUUAUGGCCAAGGGGAGGGAGGAGCUGCCCAGCGCAAAAUGCAAGGAGGAAGCUGACGGCUCGGUCGAGGCUGCUAAUGGCGAUGGCGACGCUGACAGCACGCCGACGAAGGCGCCAAAGACCGGGUUGGGGCUGAAGCUGAACGCCGACGAGGUGCUCAAGGCGUGGUCCGACAAAGGGUCGAUGUUCACCGAGGGCGGCGGGCCGGAGUCGCCGACGUCGGCCGCCGACGUGCGGAUUAGCUGGAUAAUUUUCUGGAACUCUGAAUAUUUUUUUUGUUAAUAGAAAGAAUUGUACCAAUUCUAUAAGAAAGAAUUCGUUUCAUAUUUUUUUAUAAGAAAGAAGGGAAUUGUCAAUUGGACAGUUGCUUCCUUCAAACAAUAAAAAUGGACACUCACAAGUAAAACCCACACUACAUCUCUCUAGAUUAUGUACUGUUUAUCCAAAUGGAUGGUCCCUCACACAAAGUACUGUGUAGUACCGCACUGCUACAUAUCUGUGAGUACACGUCCUUUCAGAAUAUCAAUGGUGCUGCUGUAAGCCUGUAACCUAUAGAAUAAAAGUAUCCAGAAAAAAAAGUUUUCAUUGUGUAGAACCUUUCUCAGAUCUCACGAGGCAUUUAAAAUCUGUUAAACUUAUGUGUAAAUUCAAUUCAGCCAUUUUAUUCGGCUAGGAUUGGUUAAACUCAAUUAUCCAGCAGUGGACCACAGACAAUAGAGAGAGCCUGGAGAACUUAUGCCAAGGAUUACAUGUCUGUCUUCUUGCAAAGGGUCAUUUGGGCUCAUUUUGAUGCCCUAUGGUCCAAUGAUAGACCAAUUGCAACAAACUGCAGCCCCAAUUCAAUUGGAUUUUCUGCAAUUUGCACGGGCAACCGCCAAUAUUUGCAGCUGUCGGAAAUGACAAGAAUCAUAAUUAGAUACGUUCGGCGUUUUGUAAUAUGGACAUAUUAUGACAUGUAUCUCUCCUUGAGAGACUUUUCAGAGAAUGUAAACCUGC